ACUUUCACACCAAAAAUCUUAUAUAGAAAAAACUCUUCUCCAACAUUUCGAAACUCCAUUGUUUCUCUUUCUAAAGCUUUCUCUCACCUCCCAGGUUUUAAUACAGAGAAUUGAAGUUAUGGGGAAUAGAGUGGAUCAUGAGUACGAUUACUUGUUUAAGAUCGUGUUGAUUGGUGAUUCUGGAGUUGGAAAAUCGAACAUUCUGUCUAGGUUUACGCGAAAUGAGUUCUGUUUGGAGUCAAAAUCUACUAUUGGAGUUGAGUUCGCCACUAGAACUCUUCAGGUUGAGGGAAAGACAGUCAAGGCCCAAAUAUGGGACACUGCAGGCCAAGAACGGUACCGAGCCAUUACCAGUGCUUAUUACAGAGGAGCAGUUGGUGCACUCCUUGUUUAUGACAUAACAAAGGGACAAACAUUCGACAAUGUUCAAAGGUGGCUCCGAGAAUUGAGAGACCAUGCAGAUUCUAACAUUGUCAUUAUGAUGGCUGGAAACAAGUCCGACCUUAACCACCUUCGAGCAGUCUCUGAGCAGGAUGGUCAAAAUUUAGCUGAGAAGGAAGGACUGUCAUUUCUUGAGACAUCGGCAUUGGAAGCAGUCAACGUAGAUAAGGCUUUUCAGACUAUACUAACCGAGAUAUACCAUAUCAUAAGCAAGAAGGCGCUGGCUGCACAAGCAGCAGCCACAACCACUACUCUUCCUGGUCAGGGUACAACCAUCAAUGUUAAUGACACCUCUGAUAAUGUGAAGAGAGGCUGCUGUUCUACCUGAGUUAAAAAAGUUUGAACAAGGAAACGAGAUUCGGUAUAUUUAAAUUUUUUUGGUUUAUUUUACAUUAUUCAUCAGAGCAAGAGAUGUAGAUUACUUUCUUGAUUAUACAAGAGAAAGGGCUUGUGAAUGUUAAUUGUCCUAGUGAUUUAGGAAAGAUCUAUUCUUCAUGUGGUGUACUGUUUAACUAUUUUCUUUUAGCUUAUAAGAAGAGAUUAGCUUAUCUAAUAUCUUCCCAGAUACUUGUUACUAUACAGGAGAUUCAAUUAAAUUCUUGCAUCUUCAUCUGUAUUAUUUUGACUU